CCCGUUAAGAAAAACCCUAGCUUCGGCCAACUUUGCGAGGGCGGAGAGUGAGAGAGAGCUCGAAGGAGGAGGAGGAGGAGGAGGAACUGGGAAAUGGGGCGCAGGAUACUUAACGAGGCGCUGCGGAGCAUUGUAAACGCGGAGAGGAGAGGGAAGGCGACGUGUCAGCUCCAGCCCAUCUCCACCGUCAUGACCUCCUUCCUCUCCAUCAUGAGAUCUCGAGGAUAUAUCAAAGAUUUUCAAGUUUUUGACCCUCAUAGAGUGGGAAAGAUUACUGUCGAAUUGCAUGGUAGGAUAAAAGAUUGCAAGGCGAUUAUGCACAGGCAGGACAUCAAGGCUACAGAUAUUGAAAAAUAUCGUCUGCGGGCCCUACCAACACGUCAGUGGGGAUACGUUGUGAUUACAACUCCAAAUGGUGUUUUGGAUCAUGAGGAAGCCAUUAAGCAAAAUGUUGGCGGUCAAGUGCUUGGAUAUUUUCACUGAAGCAAUAUCUACAUCUGUAAUGGUAUGCAGCGAUAGGAAAGGCUUCUUUUGGCUUGUUGUCAUGUUAUUUUGCUUCCUUCCCUUGAUCUUAUAUGGUCUUCUUUCAAUGUCCAAAGGCUGAUAUCAAAAGUUUUUGCUUUUUUCUGAGUGAUUGGUUGUUUAGAGAGAAGCUUAAUAGCUUUUGCAGUGUAGCUUGUUAACAGUGUUGGUUUCUACAAAGCCAUUGCGAUCAAGAUUGACUGAUGUGUGUUUGUUUUUGUAAAUGCAACAUGAGAUAAUCUUUGAGUUGAUUAUCGUAUUCUGUUUUUCCUGUCUGUGGACAAAAAUUGAUCUGAA